AUGGCGAAUUAUGCAAUUUCCAACAGGUUCAAUUUCCGUGCCGAGAGGUCUAAUGUGAUAAGCUAUACACUAGUAUGCGUUUCUGAAGAGUGUGAUUGGAAAUUCAGGGCAUCAAGUGUUGGUAAAACGGAAAUGUUCAGAGUUAGGGAGUUUCGUGACAAGCAUAUAUGUCCGCUAAAAGAUAAGGUUUAUUCACAACGCCAUGCGACAAGUUGGUUGAUAGGUGGAGUCGUAAAGCCAAAAAUAGCCAACCAUAAGAGGAAAUACACACCUAAUGAUAUAGCGGAGGAUGUCAAAAAUGAUCUUGGAAUGUAUGUGUCAUACAUGGUUGCUUGGCGGGCUAAAGAAAAAGCUAUAAAGGAUUUAAUGGGUGAACCAUCGGAUCCUUACAACAAAUUACCCGGAUACCUAUACAUCAUGGAUAAAACAUACCCGGGUUCACAAAUAAGAAUGCAGAAAUCCGAUGACAACGAGUUUCUGUAUCUGUUUAUAGCACUGUAUGCAUUUAUCAAGGGCUUUGAGUGUUGUAGACCCAUUGUGGUAGUAGACGGGAGCCACCUCAAAACAGCAUUUAAUGGAAAAUUCUUUCAGCAAGCACGUUAG